AUGUGUGAUUCUUAAUUAUUCAAUUUUAAUACUCCUCUUGCCUUAAACAAAUAGAGAAGAAUCAUAAAUGUACUUCCUAAUGAAAUAGAUAUUGAACAAAUUUUGAGGAAUUAUAGAAUAAAUAAUAAAAUUGAACAAGAGAUUGUUUAAAAAUAACAACCCCAAAAAAACAAUAAAAAUCCAGCUAAUUUGACAAGAAUGAAGCGGGUAAUAUUAAACUAAUUCAACAGGCCUGCAACCAAUCGAAACAAUCAACAGAAAUGUAGAGAAAAUUUUUAGGAAUAGUAUCCUUAUUUUCUAUAAAUUCAACAUUAUAAAAUUACUACUCAACCAAAUUCACUAAAUGUUAUGAAAUAAAUUUCAAGAGACCGUAUUUAUUCAUUAGACAGACAUUCACAAAAAAAAAAAUCCAUUGAUUUCAGUAAUAUUAAAACUAGAAAUAUGAGUAUUUAGUAGUAGGAAAUCACAGCUUGGACCAGAAAGACUUCAGAGAGUUUUUGA